CUUCGUGAGUUGGAUCAUCCAAAUAUCGUGAAAUUGCUUGGAGUUUGCAUCCAGGAUAAUCGCUUAUAUCUCCUCUUCGAAUUUGUCAUGAUGGAUAUACGAAAAUACCUCGAUUUACUCCCAGAUGAGAGACAUCUUCCACCAUCUAUUGUCAAACGCAUAGCAUUUCAAACUUGUCAAGCAACAUGCUUUAUGCAUCAAAGGCGAGUUGUUCACCGUGAUUUGAAACCACAAAACUUACUCAUAGACGAAAAUGGAGUUAUUAAAAUCGCCGAUUUUGGACUAUCACGAUCGAUAAACGUUCCAGUACGCGUUUACACUCACGAGGUGGUAACCCUAUGGUAUCGAGCUCCGGAGAUUCUACUUGGUGCUAACAGAUAUGCUGCUGCCAUCGAUUCAUGGGCGAUUGGAUGCAUUUUAGCAGAAAUUACUCUCAAAAAACCGCUUUUUAUGGGCGAUUCUGAAAUUGAUCAGCUAUUCCAAACUUUCAGACUUCUUGGUACACCAGGAGAGAAAAUGUGGCAGGGUGUUUCGUCCUUACCACAGUUCAAGUUAAAUUUCCCUAAAUGGAAAGCAAUGUUGCGUUACGAUCCAUCUCAACGUAUCUCCAUGCGAGGUGCCUUAUACCAUCCCUAUUUUUACGAUGUAAGAAGUUCUUGGAACAGUUUUGACACAAAUCGAUCUUACGAUUUACAGAUGGACACUAGCACUGUGCCUGCAGGGAACUAUAGAGGAGAGCUGUUUCUCGGCUAA